UCAGGCCGCCGGGAGAGGCUUUCUGAAGGGGCCCCCAGCUGGCUUCAUUCUCUUCAGAGUUGACGUUCCCCGCCUGUGUUGGCUUCUCUUGCCAGAUGGACCAGAAGCUGCCUGAGCUGGUGGAGGCGCUGACCACCUCAGGAGAGGCCCAGCUGGAUCCCGGGAAGAUGAAGGAGCUGAAGAAGAUUUGCAAGUCUUCUGAUGAGCACAUCUGCCAUGUAUAUCACCUGCUGAUGACACAGCUAAAUCAAGAACAUGCUCAGAUACGUCUUUCGGCGUUUCAGAUUGUGGAUGAACUCUUCAUCCGAUCACAUCAGUUCAGGACUUUAAUUAUUUCAAACUUCCAGGAGUUACUGGAGCUCACCGUGGAAACAGACUAUGACCAGCCUCUCCCCCCACCAAAUGACGUAGCGCAAAAACUUAAAACACUUGCCAUUAAAUCAGUCCAAAAGUGGCAUGAGCAAUAUGGAGAGGCCUAUAAGAAGCUUUCACUGGGAUACCAUUUCUUAAAGCAAAACAAGAAGGUGGAUUUUCAAAAUAUAAGUGCCAGGACUUUAGCUGAAAGGAAGAGAGAUGAAGAGAAACAAAAACGUUUGGAUAGCAUUUACAAAGAUAAAGCCCAGAGAGCAGAGAAUGAAAUGGAAGAUAUGUCCCAAGAAAUCCACACUGUACUGACAGAAAUGGAGAACUGUAUUCAGCUUCUGAUUCCAGAUCCUUUUGACUUCAUGGUGAACGGCAAUGAAACAGUUGAUUGGAGAACAGCCAGAAUGGAUAAAGCUCUUUCUUCUUCUUCAUCUUCGGAGAGGGCAAAUCAGCAGGCCGCUUUCCUUCAAGAUGAGGAGCAGCCCUGUUGUAGCAAAUACCUUCCACCCAUGGUUCCUGUUCCAAAAACUGAUUGCAGAGACAUGGAUGGGAAAGUGCAGGAUUGCACAGGCACUAAAGACUGCCUGGAAUCUGAACUGACUUCUGCAGCUGGUGGAGAUAAUGAUCAUGCAACCUUUGUUCGGAGUCAUGGUCUUGGUUCUCAUAAAUAUAGUCUUAAUCUUGAAAUAUCUACAGAUAUGAAACUUCAGGAGAAUGAAGACAAUACCGCCGUAAUAAACAGUGCUGCAGAUUCCUGUAAGCUCAUCCAAAAUAAAUUCUUGCCUUCUGUACAAUCUUGGAUUCAGUUGUUCACAAGGGCUGGAAUAAGUGAUGAUCGUCUAAGGCAAGCCAUUGAACUUAAAAAUAAAUUGGAGACUGCUGUGAAGAAAUAUAAGGAAAUGAAUAUUAACUUUAAAGCAAGGAAGAGGAAAGUGAGGAAAGCUACAGAUGAGGAUGAGGAAGAAGAGGAAGACGAUGACUUCAUAGAAGUGCCUGAGAAGGAGGGCUAUGAGCCCCACAUUCCAGAUCAUCUUCGUAAGGAAUAUGGUUUGGAGCCUGUGAUUCCACCAAAAAACUUUGGUGGUGGAAUAGUAAGAAAGACGUCGGCCAUGGCUUCCCAGUCUCGAGCUAAAAGAAAUGAAGAAGAGCUUGAUCCAACCUGUGCAGCUGCAACAUGGAAAAUUAUCCAGGAUAAACUGCCUAGAAUACAAUCUACAGAUGACAGAAAAUCAGAACCAACAAACUCACAGGAACUGAACAGAAAACAUGAAGAGGAGAAAGCGAAGGCUCCUCUCGUGCCUUUUGGGGUAGACCUCUUCUACUGGGGCCAAGAGCAACCUGCAUCUUCUGGCAAGAUUCUUAAAUUUUCUUCUGAGCAUCGCUUUUGGGCCCCCAAUGAAGUGGAAGAAGAAGUAGAAAAUGAAGAAGUUGCAGAGAUGCUGAAAAGCAGAUAUAUAACAUUUGCUGGAAAGUUUGAACCAGUGAAACACAAAUGCAGGGCACCAAUGCCUAGUGGAGGACUCUGUGAAAGACAGGAUAGAUUUAAGUGUCCUUUUCAUGGGAAAAUAAUUCCUCGAGAUGAAUCUGGGAUCCCAAUUAAUCAAGAGGACAGAGAUCAGGAAGCAAAGAAACAGUUUGAAGAAAGGGAAAAACAACCAGAGUGGCAAGAUCCAGAAUUUAUGAGGGACAUUGAAGCUGCUGCUGGAGUCGAUCUGGGGUCUACUCGGUAUAGUGGAAAAGGAAAAAAAGGGAAAAACAAAGGGAAGAAAAAGAAAUACCCAAACCUGGUUGACCUAAAGCAACAGGCAAACACUUCUCGUUCUCGCCUGGAAAAGAAAGUUUUCAAUAAGACAGCAGUAAAACGGGUGGUGAAAGAAAUGAAUCGAAUGGAUCAAAGAAAACACGAAAAGUUUGCAAACCAGUUUAACUAUGCAUUGAACUGAAUGUCAUACAUGGAAAGACUGAAAAUAUACUGAACAUUGCUCCAGUAUUAAAUAUUUUAUUGAAAUAUUAAUUGC